AUGCAAUCAUUCGAGACGAUCAGCGCCACGACAACCGAGUUCAAGGAGAAGUACCAUGAGAUCGUCGCCAAUCAAGAGUAUUACUAUACUUCUGAUCGAGCCAGAACACAACAAAAGAUCGACCCAGAGAUAUCUAGAGUGCAUUGGUUCCUCAUGGGUAUCAUCAAGUACUCUGAUGAUCUGAAGAAGCUAUCAUUCAUCGUCUAUGACAUAUCGAUUCAUCCAGUCGAGUCCAAUCACAUGGUCCUGGCAGUCCGUUCAAUCUACCACUCACUGCAGCGCACGAUCAAACAAAUGUUCAACAACAUCAAGCGCAGCCUCAACAGUGCAUACCCAUUCCCAAGGCGUAUAUCCAAGAUCAAAUAUCCAUUCACACAGAGAGCCAAGGUGGUAGUGAUGGCAGCACUGACACGCAUAUUCGCCGAGUGGAUAUUUGCUUUAAAGUUCUCCAUUGGUGCCACAUUACUCAGCUUUAUCUUCUUGGAACUAAGGAAGCAUACUACCUUCAUCCUAUUCAAUAACUUUGAAUGGGUGGUCAUCACCUACCAAUUUGUAAUGUCAUCGACCGUUGGCACAUCAACUUUGGUUGCCGCUCAACGUCUUGGUGGAACAUUAAUAGGAGGACUGAUAUCAUAUGGAGUGGCAGUGCUGGUCAAUCUACCUUCAAGUGGUGUGGCGAGUGCCUUCAUACUCCAAUCGAUCACAUUCAUACUCUUUACACAACUCUCCUAUCAUAUCACCCAUAAUGAGUUUCCACAACUCUUCAGCUUCAUUGGCAACACCUUCCUAGUGCUCAGUAUAUCAAUGUUCUAUCGUGGCUCACCAAGCUACGUUCUCUGUCUGCUCCGUGUGCUACAUAUCUCCAUUGGUAAUAUGGCCGUGGUAUUAGUGUCCAAUCUUGUGCUUCCACAAUACGAUCAGAAUAAGUUGGAUAGUGGCCUGUGCCAACUGAUGGAUGAAUCAAACCAACUAUUCAAACAACUUAUACAUUAUCAUUUCCGAUUCGAUUCACAUGCCAUGUGUCCGAACACAUGCAACAAGGAGCUCAACAACCUCAAAUUGAAAGAGAUGCGAGCCAAAAUAGCUACGAUGCGCUCACUUAUCAACAAUGUCCACCUGGAACUUAUGUUCAAACCAAAGAUAUUCCGACAAUAUCGAGACCUCCUCAAGCUCUCCACAAAGCUAUAUGUCUGUCUGGUCAGUCUUGACUCCACAUGUCAAUUACUCCCCUCAGUUAUUAUUGGAAAGUUCAACAAGUCAGAUGGACCUCAGAACUUAAGAAUGUUGUUUGGGGAACUGGAUUGGACUGCUGAUUAUCUUGGUCAACUGGCUGAUGAGAAGACACUUAGAUUCCACUCUGGUGACUCUGCAUUGUACUAUGACAGUUUGAUCAGACAUAACAUGUAUCAAGACAACUUGAUUACCGAUGAGAAUAACGAAUUCGAUCAAGACUCGAUCACUAUGAGUUCUGCCAUGCUUGCUGCCAGUUCCUAUGCCAAGACAUUAGAAGUGUGCCGACAUAUACUUUGGUCGAUCAAAGGUGUCCAAGAGAUAAAACGACAAUCAGUGAACAUCAACUCUGGUAGUGCCAAUCGUUAA